UAUUGAUGGCCUCAGGCAGGUCAAUCACGCUCACACCACCAUCUGCUUCGGCUUUUCUGUUUCUGCAAGCGGUAUACCAGCUCUGCUGGUCGAAACUUGGUCGAAACUACUUUCAUCGUUCUUAAGGCGUGAGAUUAGCUGUUGCACAUGCUGAUUUCUGGUGAACCGUGGGUUAAAUAACUGCCUACUUAGAUGUCAGCAGUCGUCCCUUUCUUCGUCUGAAAUAUUCCACGAACCUACUGAGAACCUCUUUCUAUCACUAUCAUCACUAUCGAUCAUGGCGCCACUCGCACCUUUCAAUCCCCCUCUGGGACCGAACCAGAUGUUCUGUCAGCCCAAUGAGCAGACCUUGCAGAUGAAAGAGAAAGUCUUCUCACUCACUGGUGAUGAUUUCACUGUCACCACCGUUGCCGGAGUUCAAGUCUGCAAAUGCAAGGGCAAAGUUCUGUCCAUCAGCGGUGCUAAGAAGUUCACGGACAUGCAAGGCAACGAGAUCUUCACUCUCAAGAACAAGUAUUUCUCGCUGCACAAAAGCUUCCACGCAGAAAGGCCGGAUGGCAGUGAUAUUUUUCAGGUGAAAGGUCAUUUCUCAGUGCUCUCAUCACGAUCGACUGUCCACUUCAAAAACCAGUCAGACGGCAAUGAAAUCGAAUUGGAAGUCACAGGAGACUGGUUUGACCGAUCUGCGAGUAUCACCUUCGGCGGACGUCCCGUCGCACACAUCUCGAGAAGCUUCUUCAAUGUUCGCCAGAUUUUUGGCGACAAGCAGACUUAUUUUGUCACAGUAGCCCCAGGCGUCGAUCUGACCUUGAUUGCCGCAAUCUGCGUUUGUUUGGAUGAGCGCGAGAACGAGUCCUAAGCUCCUUGAGCCUUAGUGUACCGGUACAAUAUUGUGGAAGGAAAUAGACCUUGCUCUCGGAUAGGCUCCGCUCCAGCCCUCACCGGGCUGGUGUUUCUUUAUGUCAGCUUGACGUUGUUGCUGUGAAACGCGUCGAGUCCCCCAAUGUACUCAAACUACAACCUAGCAUGCCAGAC